UUUAUGUAGCAGCCUGUCCCGCUGUGACUUGGUUGGGUUUCUCCUCCCUUAAUUCUGCAGCAACAUUAUUUGAUCGACCCACUUGUUCUCUAGACUACAGUCUUUAUUCCCUUUAUCAGCUGCUGUGGAGGACGCGCUGCUCACUCUACAGAGCCAUGGGAACCAGGAGGGUUCUGGUGACUGGCUGCUCCUCAGGCAUUGGCUUGGCUGUGGCUGCAAGGCUGGCCAAAGAUGAGCUCAAACGGUUUAAAGUGGUUGCCACAAUGAGGGAUCUUGGGAAACGGGGGCCCUUGGAGAAAGCAGCAGGUGACUCCUUAAACAAAACCUUGGAAAUCAAACAGUUAAAUGCCUGUUGUGAAUCCUCCAUCAGAGAGUGUGUCGACAGCCUGCCGGACAGACGGGUGGAUGUUCUUGUUAACAAUGCUGGUCUCGGCAUGAUUGGACCUCUGGAGUGCCAAAGCAUUGAUGCCAUGAAGGAGCUGUUUGACACAAACUUCUUUGGCCUGGUACGUCUGGUGAAAGAGGUCUUUCCUGACAUGAAGCGGAGGCAGAGCGGCCAUAUUGUGGUGCUAAGCAGCGUCAUGGGAACACAGGGAAUCCUUUUCAAUGACGUUUAUUCAGCCUCCAAAUUUGCUGUGGAAGGAUUUUGCGAAAGUCUGGCAGUGCAAGCGUUGACGUUUAACAUCAAGACGACUGUAGUGGAACCUGGCCCUGUUGUGACAGAGUUUGAAAGAAAGGUGUAUGAAGACGCUGAGAAUAUGGAUCUUUCAGCGACGGAUAAAGAGACCGCAAAAAUCUUCCGUGAAAUUUACCUGCCAUACUCUAAAAAGAUUUUCGCCUCAAUAGGCCAGACACCAGAGGAAGUGGCUGAGCAAGCCAUUAAAGUGAUCACAGCCAAAGAGCCUCCUCUGCGCCACCAGACAAACCGCCUGUAUAUGCCCAUGACUGCACUGAAGCAUGCUGAUCCUACUGGUCGUCUGCCUCUGGACGCCUUCUAUAAGAUGACCUUUAAAUAUGACAAAGUGUUCAAUGCUACUCUAACGAUGCUGCACUUACUGCAGAGAAUAAGAGGGAAGAAAUAAAGAUGUUAUUGCCAGGUUGCAUAGACUAUAAAAGUGAUUCUUAAGGAGACAGUAAUAUAAUAAUACAACUUCUACAACAAGAUUUUAAGUAAAAUGUUUAACUGUAGGAUAAUAAUCAGUAUUAAUAGGAAGUGUAUAUGAAAAUAUGUACAUCAUUAUUUGACCUCCUUUAUUGUUGUUUUGUAAUUUGUUUUGUUUUAAAUGUUUCUCUUGGUUUUUACAGGUGAACAUGAUAAAAUCAUAUCGUUAUGAAUUGUAACCACUCUUACAUACUCUAUUUUUAUUAAGUUGUUGAUGUAUUAUUAGGCAGUGAAAAGAAUACGAAAAGAAAAAAAUAUAUAUAAAUUGGAAAAAAUAAGAUUUGGCCUUAUCGAUUGGAUGGAGAUCAGAUAGGUAUCCAUUCAUCUUUGUGGCAAUAUAUUAGGCAGUAGCUUGUGUUGGAGGUUACAUUUUGAAUUACAAUUGAAUUAUUACAUUUGUAGUGGAAGUCAAAUGCCUCAAGUUUGAUUUCAAAACAUCAGUUCCAAAUACAGCAUUUAUUGUGUGGCUUUUGUGUUGGACAGAAGAUUUUUUUUUAAUAUAUAAUUCAUCACUUAACUGCAUUUUGAGUUCUAACAAUUAUUAUGACUUGAAUUAAUGAUCAACUGAUCACUGAAAACCAGAACACAAAAAAUGUAGUUCCCUAUAGUUUUAUUGUAAGUAACUUAACAACGUUUAACUGUAGAAAGAACACCGUGGAAAGCUUUUAUGUACAAUGAUUUCAAACUACCUUUUUAAACAAGUAUAGAAAUUAAUAAUGAUAAUAAAAUAUCUAUGACUAAUAACACAAGACCAAUAAAAUAUCAGUCACAGCCUCAGUUUCAAAUAAUGCUAAAUGAAGUACAUUUUAUUUUUGUCCUUUUUAGUACAUAACAAUCAUUUCAGAAUGACAAGAACUACCCAGAAAAAAACAUAUUUACAAACAGAAGUUGGGAGGUUGAAAUGUACAAAACACUUAGUGCGACCAGGUAGCGAAAUUGAAAGACUGGUUAUAUAUAAAAAUAAAAAACAAAACAGUUUCUUGUUAGUAAAAUGUGAACUGUUCAUAGGAACAUCAACAUGUUUCCCAGGUCUGACAAAACAGUAACUGAGGCUAUGGUGAACAGGAUAACACAAUGAAUGAAAGACAAACUCUAUGACACAACUAGGGGCAGUGUUAGGCCACCACAAAAGUAGUAGCUAGGAAUGAUGGCCUACUAAUUUCUGUUUAUGACAUCAUAAGAUGAAAAUGCAAUGGUUACUUUUCAAAAUGCUACAAUUAUCAAUUCACUUUAUGUUGAAAUGUCCAUACUACGUUAGGGAGAGGAUAACCUCUAUCCGUAAAUCUCAGGUCAUGUGGGGGUAAAGCGUUGGUCAGACAUGAUACGAGGUGUCAGCUGGAUGACUCAGAGUGUCAUCUCAGAAUUGUGUAAAAGGUUUAACGGGGCAGCACUACAUAGUAGUGUUCUUUCCUUCAGUCUCUUCUAACAAUCAUCUUAAGAUGCAUCUCCACUGCCCCUGGACUGGGAGCUACUGUAGAUGCAAGGGAACCGUUCCACUGCAUGCCAUAAAACACCUCCCUGAGGAGUGACAGGGCAUCAGCAGUCACAGCCCAGCGGCCACACCCUCACACUGACCACUACUCCACCACAGACACUACCAGAGACCAGGCAAGAGUUUCAACAAGACCUAAACUGCUGCAGA